AUAUUGGGACACCCCGCCAAAUCAUUGGAUUCAGGUGUUCCUUGUCCAUGCCUUUAAUCGUCACAGUUCCAAUCACCUCUAAGGCCACAGGUGUAAAAAAUCAAGCACCUAGGCAUGCAGACCUCUUCUACAAACAUUUGUGAAAUAAUGGGUCACUCUCAGGAGCUCAGUGAAUUUAAGCAUGGUACUGUGAUGGGUUGCCACCUGUGCAAUAAGUCCAUCUGUGAAAUUUCCUGGAUACUAAAUAUUCCACAGUCAACUGUUAGUGGUAUUAUAACAAAAUGGAAGCAACUGGGAACAACAGCAACUCAGCUAAGUGGUAGGCCAACAUAAAAUGACAGAGUGGGGUCAGCAAAUGCUGAAGAGCACAGUGCUGUUUGAAGAGUCAAUAGCUACAGACCUCCAAACUUCAUGUGACCUUCAAAUUAG